AUGCCCGAUCCGGUCUCGCUGCCGUCUACUUCCUCUGAUUCUACAUGGACUGGCGCCAAACAGAACUUCGCGCAGUAUGUACAUCAACUAUCGGCGAAUCUCGCCUUGCUCCCUGCGGAAUUGUGCCCGCCGUCGCCCACAUCGUCAGUACCAUUCGGCUCGAGAACUCGACGGAUAAACCAAGCAAUCACGGACGCUGUCGGUGAGGCUUAUGGUGACCCAACGAGUCCUAAGUGGGGGCAUGUUUCGGCGUUGGUCAAGCUGGGAUGCACCAGCAGGGGUUACGUGGGUGUUUCCAGCAGUGUGCGGAUGGGUGAUACACGGAAAUUGAACGCUCAAGAUGUCGACUGGGUCUUGCCAGAGACCGCAGAAGAGUGGGUUACUUACGAAAGAAGGUGGUGUCGCAAAUUCAGGCAUAAUCCUGAUGCUGUGAACGUAUCAUCUAAAUAUUGGAGUGGGAGCACCAAGACCGAACGACAGGAACAGGGGAAGUCCAGAGCAUUACAGCCAAGUGAUAGCAAAGCCAUCUUCAUUCGAGAAAAGGUGGCUUCUUGGCAAGCUAAUGUCGUCUUAACGGGCGAGGAACCCUCUAUUUUGCAGUUCACAGAUGGGCGCUGCAACGAAAAGGAGAAAGUGAGGGACAAUGGUGCAGCUCAGUCACAAGGUUCACUUGGGUUCGCUAUUAUCAAGCGCACAAGCUCCAGCAACAGUAAAUCUGUCGAGAACUCGCAAAAGGCCUUGAACGCAGUUCCGUCGGCUGAUGGUCUCAUGACUUCAAGGCAAGAGGGGAUCGCUAUUCAGUUGGAUCCGUUGGAUUCUGGCGAUCAUCCAAAGAUCACAGACCUGUCAGAGAUGUCCUUUCUGCCACCAUCUUUUCCGUCUCAGCUGCAGACGUCGACGCCGCGGCGGUAUGACAAAGCGAAACCUGCGCCGAUUGUGCCUCAUGAACAUCCGUCAUCUCCCCUGUCAUCGCCUCCACCGACGCAAGCAUUACGGUAUGAACCCGUUGAACUUUCCUCUGGUGAUUUGGCACACUCCCCCUCGAUGAGACCGAGGAAACACCCACGAGUAACGACGCCAACCCCCAUGGACAUCUCGGACCGCCACGCAUAUAUAACACCCUCGAGCAAGAGACCUCGUAUCUAUGAUCCAAGCUCCGGUGCUCCACUACCCCCUUCUACUCCUCCCCAGGCAACUUCUUCCGGCGCCGACAUACUGGUUUCGUCGCCACGAUCCCAGUCCGCCAUCCCUGGGCUAGGCAACUUUAGAGGCCUACCCGUCCCAACGACGCCUGAGAGGCAGGCACUGCCGACGUUGACUGAUUUGUUGGCAUCCUCGCGGAGGUCCAAGCCUCGUCCGAGGCCACCCUCGCGCAAUGCAAUGUCCUCCAGCCAAGCAUCCCAGAGGAUCCAUGGGCCUCGAAAUGAUGUCGUACACGACGAGUUGCCUGUCCAUGCGGAGGUCAGAGAGCCGUCACCGGCUAGGACCUUUUUCUCUUCCCCCGCCUCCGGGUCAUCAGGAUCUUCCACACGGCCGAAGCCUCGGUCGCCAAUAUCCCCUCUCUUUUCUCAGAAUCCAGCCGCGUUUGCCCCACGGUUUACAUCAUCGCAGCAUCCGCGGUUGGGCCCUUUCAUUGGAGGUCAAGACUAUGGCAGCUCUCAGGAUGCUGGCGGUCCUCUCAGGCGCGAGAGCAGCGGAAUUUUUGGAUUGGGUUACAAUUCACAAUUUGAUGUGGAAGGUCAGGUGGAUCGAGUGAAUGAGCUACUGCAUCGGGAUGUUGAUUAUGAUGGGUGGCUGCACGACGUGAAGGAGAUCGACGAGGACAACAUACCUUUAGCUCAAAGUCAGCCUGAAAUGCAGCUGACGUUCUGA